UGGAAGCAGCGGCCGCCCCCUUGGCCCCGGCCCCGGCCCCCACCCAGCCCGGCAGCGCCUCCCCGCCCCAGGGGGCCGCCUCCCCAGAGGAGGAGGAGGAGGAGGAGGAGGAGAAGGCAGAGGCUGGGGGGGCGCACGCCAUCCCACGCCGCCAUGCCCCCCUGGAGCAGCUGGUGCGGCAAGGCUCCUUCCGAGGGUUCCCCACCCUGAGCCAGAACUCCCCCUUCAAGAGGCAGCUCUCCCUCCGUCUCAACGAGCUGCCUUCCACCCUGCAGCGCAAGGGCCGCUCCGAGAGCAGCAGCGGGGGCGCAGAGGCCGAGGCAGCUCCCAGCAGGGACUCGGACAGCAUCUCGGCUCUCUGCACCCAGAUUGACGCUUCACUCGCCCAGCCGGCUGGAGAGCCCCCCGCGGCCCUGGGGACAGCGGAAGGGGGCAGCGCAGGUACGGCCUGAAGGCCCCCUUCCCCUGGGCUGGGGGGGGGCAGCUUGCGAGGGCCCCUCUUUGACAUUUGCCUUGCCCUCUUCUCAGGACCCCCUUCCUCAUGGAAUGACCCCCAGGCCCAGCCCCUGUUCCAGCCGGGACACAAGAGGACCCCCUCGGAGGCAGAGCGCUGGCUGGAAGAGGUUGCCAAGGCUGCCAAGGCUCAACAGCACCAGCAAGUGCCCCUGGCCGCCCCCACGCCUCUGCCCAGCUUUCCUCUAGGCUACGGGGCAGCCCCCCCCCCCCCAGGCCUCUUUGCGUCUCCCCACGUGCCCCCCUCCUUUGUGCCCGUGGGCACUGCCUACGUACCUGCCUUGCCCUUCCCUGCCCUGCCCAGCGUGCCCGUGGUGGGCAUCACGCCCUCCCAAAUGGUGACCAAUGCCUUCUGCUCCGCCACACAGGCCCCCGUUACAAGUUUGGGGCUCAAGGCCAGCCCCUUCCCUCAGGCCCUCCUGGACCCCCCUCGGCUCAGAGCCAAUGGGGCUGCCUGGCCCUCCGAGCAAAGCCCCCCAGGCAUUUCUGCCUCCCACCCUGAGCCCCUGGACCCCUUUGAAACCCAGUGGGCUGCCCUAGAGUCCAAGGCUACCACUGCUGCCCCCAACCCCUUUUCUGGCGACCGGCAGAAAACCUUGGAAAUUGAAUUGUGAGCCUGAUUGUGAAGGUUCCCCCUUAGCACCCCACUUGGCUAGGCCAGAUUGUCUAAACCUUGAGUGGGGAGAGCUGGCUGGGAGCAGCGCUUCGAAAGGCGGCCAGUGGGGAUCGGGGGAGCUGCCCCCAAGUGAUGGGGGAGCCCCACAGGCACUGAUGGUCUGGCCAGAUCACGGCUGGGAAGCCAGUUCCACUCCUGCCCAGGCCGAGAGUCGGUGGCCAGUUGGAAACCAGGGUAAGCGGGAGGCCUUCUGGGCCGGCCCCAGCCUCCAGAGAGCAGGGGACGGGUGGGGUGGUCUCUGCUCUCCCCACCCCCACCCCGUGCAGCCCCAGAGCAUCCCUGUCUUGGUCAGUGAGGUCCCCCACUCCGUGCAUGGCAGGCCCCCUCCUCCCUGGGCAGCUGUCCUCUCCCUGCCCAAAAGGGGGCGGGGCAUCAUUGUGGAGCUGCUGGGGAGGCGC